GUCAGUUUGACAAACUACCCUUCGACGCUGUACACGCUGAUAACGAAGAUACAAAUAUUAUCGAUCGAUAGUAGCGAAUUUUGGCAACGAUUUCCAGAUGGCAGGUAGAUAGAACUUGCAACCGAUAAAUCUUUCGAUUUUUAACGGUGUACAAUAGUUAUUGGAUUAAAUAAAGAAUCUAUCAAUGCCGAGGGGAGCAUUCGAUCUUUCUGCUAAUUCGUCUUAUUCGCGAUCGAAUAAAAUUAAUUUUGAUUUCGUUGAUCGAUGCUGAACAGAAACAAAUCGUUCGCAAAUUCGAGACACGACGGCACGACUCGCGUUCGGUUAGCAGACGAAUUUUUCUAUCGGCCAUAUCAGAAAUGUACAGGACUAGAAAAAGGAUUACGGCUGAAUGCCUCGAUUUUUGAAAAUGAACGGCAACGAUAUUUCAAGAUUAUCGUACAAAGAAUUGCAGGCCCUAGCAAUUAGAUACCGUGUACCAGGUAACAUUAAGAAGAAAUUACUGGUGAAAGUGUUGCAAGCCGCGAAGGGCGGAAAUGAAAACGAGGUCGACAGGCUGCUUCAGGAUCUCAAGCAGAAUCGCAAGAGAAAAGUGAGAAAAGUCAAAAACGGAUCACUUCUCGGGUUAACCUCCACACCACUGCAUAGUCCUGAUUACGUUAUGGCCGAUGACUAUUACUUCCCGCAACAGCAACCACCUUAUCAGUGGGUUGGUGCAGAGGAAGAGAUAGUGAGCAGAGAUGAUGAAAACAGAAUCCCCCAUUAUGAGGAGUUUAAGCAGUUUCUAUUGAAGAGAAUACAGAGGGAGUUUCAGACAUAUGACACAAAUAAUAAUCAAAUACAAGAUGCAACUAUUGUAGAUUUAAGAACAGCAACUGUCUCAUCUGAUAUACAAAAGGAUCCCUUGGACACUGUUAACUACAGUAGAUCCAACAUCAUUGCUGUUAACAAUGCAGAAUCUUUUGUAUAUCAACCCAAUGAUCAUGUGGAAUAUCAGACACUGGAGGAUUCAAGUAACAAUGUGCAGGGUUCUAUACUACUGAAGAAAAUGCUGCAGGCACCGGUUGGUGCAAACUUGGGGGAGAUAGCUAGUCCAGUGAUCGGUGGCUACAGGAUUUGGCCAAUCGAUCAUUAUCAGUCCAACAAUUUAUUAGAUAACUCUGACACUUUAACAGCUGAAUCGGAUAAUGAAGAGAAUGAAGUGAAUUUUGAGAGCAACGCAGAGUGUUAUGGACUCCUCAGUGGCAUAAAGGGAGAGUAUGUAUUAAACGAACCAACUUUUGUAAAGAAUGUGGAUGAAAUUGGUCAGCAAAUCUCAAAUGUGCUGACAAACGAAAAUGUUAAUCAGUACAAGUAUUCUUCCACAAAUGUAGAUAUGCAACAGGAUUAUGAGAACUGGACCAUCACAAAUGUUAUGGACCCCACAGAAACAAAUUGCGCGACGCCGGACGUCCAAUCCUCAAAAAUAUUUCAGACUAUGUAUUGUGAUAACAUGGAUCCUGACCCAUUGAACAAACCCAUCAGUGAUGAGACUUUAACAUGUCAGUACAAUAUGCCUGAGAAUAUACAUACUUACAACUCCAAUCAAAAUUUAUUGAAUCUAAAUCCAACUGAAGAAAACCAGUACUAUGAGACAAACAUCAUACAUAGUGUACAGCCUGACACAAAUAACACAUGCUAUUUACAGAACCUAAUUAAGUACAGUACAGAAACUAGUGGAGAGUAUUUACAAAGCACACACUCAUUCUCAAAUGCAAAUGUAAACCAAGACUUGUACACAUCCACAGUUCCACAGACAUUUCCCAACAACAAUCACUACAACUCUGCUCCCCCAUAUGAAUAUGCAAGUGCAUACAGCAAUCAAGGGAACAUCCCCUUGUCCACUAAUAUGGAACAACAAGCACAAAGUUGCAGUUCCUCCGUGCAAUCUGAAUCUACUGUUAACAAAAAUAUGUCUGGUACUCCAGAUAAGGUACAAACCAGUGGACUGCUGGACUCGUUUUGGCCAACGAAAUUCUCGAAAAUCGCCGGGCAUCCGGUUCUGGAGAACAUUCUGAACCUAAUCGACCCUAAACGCGUUGAUCUAUCGAAAUUGGAUCACACGCCCUGUGUGUAUUGUUACAUAUCGCCUAUAGUGACGCACACGCCGGUAUCGUCGAGCGUAACGUGCUCCCAAAAAGAGAAGUUCGUUACUGAAUACAGACAGCACUCUUUUACCCCGUAUUGGUUGCUGUAUGACGAUACAUCUAGUGGCAUGCGAAUGACCAAUCUACAAUCAAAUUUAGAAGAGGUCUCGCCGGAAGAUACGCAAGGGAUACGUACAUCGACGCCUAACAAUAAUUGCGAUUUACGUGAAUCAGAGAACGAAAAUUACAUGCCCAAGGUUUGGCAGGAGUACGCAGAAAAACAUGUGAACAUUUGCGAGGAUUUGAAAGUCGAAGCCACAGACUGUCUAUUCUCAGUAAUCAAUACUGAACCAUUGGUCACUCAAGCUGAUGAUAUCUCCAAGACUGAGACUCAAUGAAAACCAUGUACUGUUGGUAGUACAUAAAAUUGUAUGUAGCAAUUUACGUCAGAGGAGAAGAAGUACAAAAUCUUUGAUAUUAUCUAAUUUAGAGAGAUUACAAUAAGACCCUGGACAGUGGUCAGAAGAUUGCUACUGCUCCCAUGAACGCGAUUAAAUGCAAUUUUUGAUCGCAUGGUGUAAGAGCAGUAGCGAUAUCCUGGUCACAUUAUGCGUGGCCUUAUCGCAUUUGGUUAUAUGUAUUUAUAUAUUUAAGAAUACAACUGAUUCAAAGUUCCAGUCAGAGAUUAUGUUUAUCAGAAUGAAGAGAAUAACAGAUUAUUACAUCGUAACACCAUCGUGGAUGGCUAUGUUUAUCAUGUUAAAUGGAAGAUACAGAAUUAUGUAUAAUUAUGGAAAAAUAUAAUUUUGAUUUCCUCGACGUUGGAGAAUACAACUUAGAGAAGAAAUACUGUUCAACUAUCACCAACAAUUUUCAAUGAUCUGAGAUUUCUGUUUUCUAACUAUAAGAAGAUAUAGUACGUUUUUUGAUGAUGGACGAUAAGGAAACGAACUUAAAGGUCCACUAAGUUAUGGAAACUUAUCUUUAAUCAUGUGCAAUUCAUUUUCGCAAUAAGACGUCGCGGACAUUACUUUAUCCAAUCAUUCGCUCUCUUCGUUCUCGACCAGUAUUUGUAACAUUAUAUAUAUUUUACUAAGAAAUAAAUUGUGAAGCAUCAGAAAAGAAA